AGAGGAGUUAUUGCAAGGGCAGAUGAUGACAGGAGUAUUUUUAUAUUUGCAUUACAUUGUGCAUAUUUUAUUACUUGAGUUUACAGUUCACAGUUCGCACACAUGGAAGUUUAUUUUUAAAAAGAUCAUUUUUGGUAUGAAAAGAUAUAAGGUUGAUAGAAUUAAAAUGUAAGAAAAAAGCCAUCUUAUGUAGUUAAAGUUAACUUUCGUUAAUCAGAGCUUUUUUUUUUUUUUGGAGCCUUUGUUAUUAUUUGUAUAGCUGUUGUGGGCAUGCACAUAUCUUUAUACAUUUAUUCAGAACACAUAAGGUCAGAGUUUUGCUUUGCUGUAUCUUCUCUUACUCUGUUUGCCUUCUACUUAAUCCUCCUUAUUCGACAUUGUGCUACUGCAUGACUCACUAGCACAGAGUAAGGAGCGACACAGGUUAGACAUGUUAGACGGUGGGCAGUUUGUGGAGGCCCUGGGUCGUCUAGGUUACCCCGGUGCAUCAUCACUGAAGGCCUCAGAAUUCGAUUGGCUGUUUGAUUGUGCCCCGGAGAACCUACACUUCUUGCGCUUUGUCUGUCGGACCCUCAACCGGGGCAAUGUCAUCACCACGGAAGAAGCACGUGCUUUUCAGGAGCUACAGAAGUCCGGCAAACCAAUUCUGGAUGAGACAGCCUUGGGCGAGGUCCUUAAAACUAUUGGACAUUCAGAUGGGAGCGGUGCAAGCAUCUUCGGGCCCUCUUCUUCUUCACCAUCAGUGUUCGCAGCAGAGGGGGAUCUGGCCAUAGAGGAUUUGGAGGCAGAACUCCAGGCCCUUCAUAAAGAAAAAGAGCUGAAGCAACGGCGCUAUAACAGGCUGCAGGUUGUGGCCACCUCGCGUGCAGAUGUUGAUCUUCGACUCACUGCAGAGAUGGAGAGCACUGCAUGUAGGCUCAAGGAGGCCAGUGCUACUGUUGGAGCUGAGAAUGCUGACACCAACACAUUGUUACAAACCUUAGCUGAUGAAGUAAGCAAGCUUGCUUCAUAUCUCCCAGUUCAGCCAGAAGCCAAACUAAAAGAUAAAGCUGAACCAGUGGUCCAGUCAAACACCUCUGUCACCCAAGGGCCCACUGUCCUCCUCUCUCAGAUGUGUUUGGAUCCCUUCUUACAUCAAGAGGAGCUCAACACUAAAACACUGGCUGCCUUUACUCAGAGGCAAUUUUUCCAGGGUAUUUCAGACAUUGUUGAGACUUCUUGCUCUGAGCGCCUCCAGGUUCUUGACCUCAGUUCCUGUGAAGACAGUGAAGACAGAGAAGAGAAGGAGAAUGGCCAUGAGGGUAGAAAGGGAGAGGAGUGCGUGAUGGAGCGCAGGAGGACGGAGAUGGCCAGACUCCAGUGGUCUCAUAUUGUGGCUCAGCACCAACUGAUGCAGGCCAUGUCAGAAGAGAAGAGUGUCAUAGCUGGAUUGGACUGGCUCUCAGAAAAGUCUUCUCAUACCAAGAGCAUUUCCACCUCCUCUUCACUGCAUGUGCGUGAAGUGGUGUCCAGAAAGGAACUACAGGCUGUGGAGGCUGAGCUGGAAGCUUUGCUUCAUGGACCAGUACGUGCUGCUCUUAGGGAGUCAGCUCGAUUGCUUAAUGUGCCAGUUGUGAGGGGAGACCUGGCUCUACAACUGGCCAGGCAGGACUACUACACCUCCAGACAGGAUCAGGUACGUGACUACUUACUCCGGCAAAAAGCUUCCUUUGACUUGGUCCUCCUGGCUCAAGAGAUGGAGUUGAGGAGGUGGGGGACAUGUCAGAAGCAGCUGGGAGAAGUUUCCAGCAGACUGAUGAAGGAAAGCGAACAGGCAUCUUUAAGGAUCGAAUCUCUGGCACACCCUGACCUGGCAAUCAACCCGAGACCCAAUCCUAUCAUUACCUGCAAGGAUGCAGCGUUCAGCAGACUGCUCCAAAUACUUGACCAUGAUUCAGACCAUGGUCGAUCAGAGCCAUUUCGGACAUAUGAUGCAUUGGACCAGGCUGCUCGCGAUCUGGCAAGCAACCUCCAGCUGACCCGAGAUGCGCUGGCUGGUGCCUGCCGUGAGCAAUGCUACACAGCAGCUCGUCUUUAUGGUGACUGUGAGGUGCUCCAUAAAGCCAUGUACACAGAGCUCCAGCAGCUGGUUUUAGGCCCGCAGGUACGUCCAACGGCCAUCACUGACCAGGAGCUCCUUUGCCCAAAUGCACAGGAGCUGACAGCGAAGCUUAUGGAAGCAGAGUCACAGCUGCAGAGUUUGCAGCAAGUAAUGCAAGAAAUCCUGGGGGAAGUUAAAGCCAAGCGUUCCCAGCUGGAUCGCAAUGCCCUCCUCAGGCUGGAAAGGGAAUUAUACAUCUAUUUUCACUUGGAUGCUCGGCUGCUACAGAAAGUAGUGGAAGACUUGGAGGCCAAAAUGGCUGCAAAUAGAAGGCAGUAGUAUAGCCUGCCAGAAUACACGAGGAGUGCUUAUAGUCUGCUCAGCCUCAUCUUCCAGUGCCAAUCUCGUAAUAAAUGCACUCCAGCUGCUCCAGCUGAAGACAUGUAGUCAUUAUCUAUGCUAAUUACAAGUGUGAGCCUACCUUCAUCUUGUUUGUGUGGGAGAUUAACAUUAAUCAACUUGGGAAAAUGAGCUGUGUUUGUAUGAUGAGUUUUUAUUUCAUGCAAACAUUCAUAAACUCAUCAAUUUGUCUUACAGCUUCUUGUUCUUACUCACGGUGUUAUGUAAUUUCUUGUUUCCUCUUUGACUUAAAUUAUCUGUUAAAUAAACUAAAAUGCUACCUUUA